CAAAUGCAAUCCAGCCAUGGACAAUAGUGGCCACCACACGGCGACCAAAAUCCUAGCGACUCCUCCGGCCAGAGAAAGCCUGUCUGCCAGGAGCAACAUGAUCAGCACGCCCAAGCCCCUCGCCUUCUCCAUUGAGCGCAUCAUGGCGAGGACGCCAGAGCCCCGCUCCGUCCCCGUCCCGCAGCUACUCCACGGCUCCGUGGCCAAAGGCGACCCCAAGCACCCGCUGCACCUCAACUCCUCCAUCCCCUGCAUGAUCCCCUUUGUCCCGGUGGCGUACGACCCCCUGCCCAAAGCGGCGGUGGCCGGAGCGGAACCCAGGAAGGCUCAUUUAGACCCUUCCUCGCCCUCCUUUAGCUGCGGCGAUCUCUUGAACUGUGCCCUGAGCUUGAAAGGAGAUUUCCCCCGCGACGCCCUGCCCUUGCAGCAGUACAAACUGGUAAGACCCCGAGUGGUCAAUCACUCCUCCUUCCACGCCAUGGGAGCCCUGUGCUAUUUCAACCGAGGCGACAGCCCUUGUCACCCGUCCUCCAGUGUCAACAUCCACCCGGUGGCUUCUUAUUUCCUCAGCUCUCCCCUGCACCCGCAGCCCAAGGCUUACCUGGCGGAGCGGAACAAGCUGGUGCUGCCGGCCGUGGACAAGUACCCGGCGGGGGUAGCCUUCAAGGACUUAUCGCAGGCUCAGCUGCAGCAUUACAUGAAAGAAAGUGCUCAGAUCCUCUCGGAAAAAAUCGCCUACAAGACCUCGGAGUUCAGCCGCGGCUCCCCGAGCAGCAAGCCCAAAGUUUUCACGUGUGAAGUCUGUGGAAAGGUAUUUAAUGCACAUUAUAACUUAACUCGCCAUAUGCCGGUGCACACGGGAGCCAGACCCUUUGUUUGCAAAGUUUGCGGGAAGGGCUUCAGACAGGCGAGCACGCUGUGCCGGCACAAGAUCAUCCACACCCAGGAAAAGCCACACAAGUGCAACCAGUGCGGCAAAGCCUUUAACAGGAGCUCGACCCUGAACACACACACGCGAAUACACGCUGGCUACAAACCUUUUGUCUGCGAAUUUUGUGGCAAAGGAUUUCACCAGAAAGGCAAUUACAAAAACCACAAGCUGACUCACAGCGGGGAGAAGCAGUUCAAGUGCAAUAUCUGCAAUAAGGCUUUCCACCAGGUCUACAACCUGACCUUCCACAUGCACACCCACAACGACAAGAAGCCCUUCACCUGCCCCACCUGCGGCAAAGGCUUCUGCAGGAACUUUGACCUCAAGAAGCAUGUGCGCAAGCUGCACGACAGCGCCCUGGGACUGCCCCGGCCCCCGGCCGAGCUGGGGGGGCCCGAGCAGCCGCCCCCGCGGGCCACUGCUGCAGGGCCCGCCGCUCCAGCCGUGAGGGGCGCAGAGCCGAGCCCCACCGCCUCUUUGCAUGCACCUGUUAAGCGGUUUUGUGUAUUAUGCUCUAUAUCGCCACUAACGUUUAUGGGACUGAUUGUUUCCUCUUUUUAAUUUUUUUUUUUUGUUGGUUGUU